AUGGUCGAUUUGAAGAAACGAAGGUGUGACGUAGAGAGAGAAUCUGAGGAGAAGGUGGUGAGCAAGCCUUACGAAAUCUCGGACUGGUUAAAAAAUGCAAAUGAAUUCAUAGCUGAAACUAAUGAGUUGAAUUUUGAGGACACAAUAAGUGGGAAUUUGUGUGGUUUCCCAAACUAUUAUCGCUCACAGUAUAAAGCUGGGAAGACCAUUGUUGGCAGAAUUGAAAUGGUGAAUAAACUGAACGAGGAGGGCUCAAAUUUGUUCAAUGCGGAAGAAGACUUUGUGGUGGGAUAUAUACAGAACACAAAAGAACUGGUGGGCAAGACAGCAAGUGCUUUUGAGAAGAUUAUGAAGUGCGUUUCAGAAAAGGAGGUUGGAAUCAUAUGUGUUUAUGGGAUGUCUGGUUCGGGCAAGACUGAAGUUGUAAAGCAAGUCAAUAACCAAAUAUUAAAAGAGUACAAACGUUGUGCCUCAGAAGAUGGAAAUAUUGCAGACCAUUUUGAGAAAAUUAUUUGGCUGACUGUAGAGAAUAUUGGAUCAACUGACGCAGCCAUUGAUGCCCUGCAGCAGGACAUCAAAAAGGAAUUACAACUUCACCGCAAUGCCGGGAACAGAGCAGACACGUUGGAAAUUGAGUUGAGGAAGAGAAGAUUUCUGAUCGUUUUGGACGAUAUGCGGAAAGAGUUGUCUCUGGAGCAUAUUGGGAUUCCGUGGCAAACAAACAAUGGCUCCAAGGUUAUAAUCAUAUCGAAAUCACGGCCAGUGUGCAGGGACAUCAAAAUUGAUAGAGAGGUUGAAAUCAAACUUCUAUCAGACGAAGAAGCACUCAAGUUGUUCGAGGUUGAAGCUGGCAUUGGAUUAUCUGCACUAAGGGAAAAUACUCGAGCUGCCGCAGAAGACAUGGUACGUGAAUGUGAUGGUCUGCCCGUGGCGAUUGCUGGCCUGGCACAAACCUUAAAAGAAAUAAAGAAAUUUGAUCCUAACGAUGUCGAUGCCGAAUGGAAUGGAGCAUUUUACAAGUUAAGAAAUUCUAGUGUUCUGUUGGAAAGAAUGAACAGGAAGGCAUUUGCUCGUCUGAAAUAUAGCUACUCCAUGUUGAAGAAAGAAGCUCAGCAGUGUUUCCUGUACUGUGCUUUAUACCCACCUGGUCAUUGCAUUGAAAAGAAAGAGUUAGUGGAGCAUUGGUUUUGGGAAGGUUUAUUGGGUAGCAGAGAAAGAAUUAAGGGGCAGCUGAUAGAAGAUAUGAUACAAGCAAGAGAGAUACUGGAUGAGAUCAAAGGAGCUUACCUUCUGGAAACAGUCAGUGAAGGUGGAAAUGAAUGCAUCAAGAUACGUAACUUCAUUAGGCAUAUGGCAGUCCAUCUGACCAAUACAAGAACUGAUCAUGAUCAGUUUCUCAUCAAAGCCGGGGAGAAGCUUACCGACUGUCCGCUGUUAGUGAAGAACUUGUCUAAAGUAGAGAGAGCCUCAUUGAUGAGAAGUCAGUUUAAAGCACUUACAGGAAAACCCAAGUUUCACAAGCUAUCCACAUUACUUCUGCAGCACAACCCCAUCUCUCACUUGGAUGACGAUUUCUUUCGUAACAUGCCUAACCUCAAAGUUCUUAACCUUUCUCAUACCAAUAUCUCUACCCUUCCAAAGUCAGCCUCUUCUUACUUGACAAAACUAAGGGCACUCCUCUUGCGCGGUUGUUGCCACUUAACAUCUAUGCCUUCUUUAGCAAACUCUGAGGAACUACUUGUUCUGGAUCUUUCUGAUACUCACAUAACAGAAUUACCUCAUGGCAUGAAGAAACUAACCAAACUUAUUCGCCUCGACCUGUCUCGUACCAAUGUGGGAGAAUUUCAAGCUGAAUUAGUGCGUGAGUUAAAAAAUCUGGAAGAACUCUACUUGAUGAUGAUAACCAAUGACUCUGCAGGUUCUCUGUGGGGAUCAGAGAAAGGAGCAAGUAGUAUGUGGGGAUCAGAGAAAGCAGCUAGUAUUCAGGAGCUGGGAGCCCUUCAGCACUUAGCUAUUCUUCAAGUCAACUUCCUGGAUGCAAAAUCCUUCAAUACAUAUGUCAGUUCAAAGAAUCAUUCUCUGUCCAAAUUCAAAUUCUCCGUGGGUGGUUCUUGGGAUGAAACGAAGUUGGCUGAAAACAGCAUAGUUUUCAUCAAAAGUGACUUCCUUGUGAGCAAAAGACCAAUCUCACUCCCAGAAGAUACCGCUGAGCUGCAUGUAAUGAGCAACAAGGAUCUACGUUGGUUGCCUAUUAGCCGUUGUCUAGACAGCCUGAAGGUCAUAGAUAUAUCUGGCUGCGAAAGUUUGGUCUAUUUGCUCAAGGGGAACAUGUCAUACAACCUUCCAAACCUCGAAAAAAUUUCGACUGCGAAAAUUUGGGCUACUUGUUCAGGAUUAAGAUGGAUUCUUGUCAGUCUACCUCUGACCAAAAAAAGAUGUCCUCGACCUGCUUCCCAAACAUCCAAGAGAUAUGCAUUACCUGCUAUUCAUCCAAGACCAACGGACCUUGUGUCGGUUGAUCCACUUGAAUUGAAGAAAUAUUAUGAUUUUGAAAAGAAGGAUAAUCCUCGGGAACACAUUUGGUACUUUCCUGAUCUAAAGAUGCAGAUCGUAACUUCUCAUCCUGAAGAACUGCUCCCUCGGCCACGUAGCAGCAAUCAGAUUAAAAGGAGUCGGAGCAGUGACUCUAUAGAGAAGCUAGCAGCCAGUACAGACGAUAAUAAGAAGCUUUCGGAACCAAUUACUCAACCUUCAGCUGCUGACAAUAGUACUAAUAGCAUUCUACAGAAUGUCGGCAACACAGUCCACGGGUUACUAGUUACCCCUAACUUACUUAGGGUUCUAUUGGUGCACAAAUUUACUGCAACCAUCUGGUCCAGACAGGGAGGAAGUCAAAAUGCUGCAGAGGCAAUUCCUCAGGUCCAGGAUCAAGAGGAAAAUGCCGUUGAGCCCAGCAAUGGCAUCCCAGUGCACGACUAAACCUACUCUCUUUCUUCUACCUUCCUUUGAGUUCCAAAAUAAACGACUUUAUCUACCUACCCUUUCACUUAAUAUUAUUUAUCGUUGUAAGUAAUAAUACAGGGCUCAAGACAGUCCUUUCUCGACCACUUGAUCCAUAUUUAUAUUUG